AUGGCUUCCCUCAGUGCAUCCAUCACUCAGUUCGGCUUGGAGCUUUUCAAAGAGCUCAAGAAAAUACACGAAGGCAACAUCUUCUUUUCCCCAGUGGGCAUCUCAACCGCCAUUGGUAUGAUUCUCUUGGGGACGCGAGGAGCCACGUCGUCCCAGUUAGAGAAGGUGUUUGACUCUGAAAAAGACACAGAAAGCUCCAUGGCAAAGACUGAAGAAAAAGAGCCUGAGAAGACAGAAGAGAUACACCACCAAUUCCAAAAGCUUUUGACUGAAAUAAGGAAACUCCCUAACGGUUAUGAGCUGAACAUAAGCAACAGGCUGUUUGGAGAGAAAACCUUCCUCUUCCUUCAAAAAUACUUAGAUUAUGUUGAAAAAUAUUACCAUGCAUCCCUGGAACCUGUUGAUUUUGUAAAUGCACCAGAUGAAUGUCGAAAGAAGAUUAAUUCCUGGGUUGCAAGCCAAACACAUGAAAAAGUAAGUGACCUCUUUCCAGAAGACUCCCUUAGCAACUCCACCAAGCUGGUGUUGAUAAAUACUGUGUAUUUUAAAGGGCAGUGGGACAGGGAGUUUAAGAAAGAAAAUACCAAGGUGGAAGAAUUUUGGGUGAAUAAGAACACAAGUAAACCUGUGCAGAUGAUGGCACAGAGACAAGCUCUCAGCUUCACCUCCCUGGAGGACCUGCAGGCCAAAAUUGUGGGGAUUCCAUACAAGAACAAUGACCUCAGCCUGUUUGUGCUUCUGCCCAAUGACAUAGAUGGUUUAGAGAAGAUCAUCGAUCAACUGAGUCCCGAGAAGGUGGUGGAGUGGACCAGCCCGGGGCGGAUGGAGGAGAGGAUGGUGGACCUCCACCUGCCCCGGCUCGCGGUGGCGGAUGCCUACGACCUGGAGCCGGUGCUGGGCGCCCUGGGGCUGGGCGAGGCCUUCAGCGAGCGCGGCGACUACUCGGGGAUGUCCAUGCGCUCCGGGCUCCGCGCGCAGCGGCUGCUGCACAGAUCCGAGCUGACCCUGAGCGAGGACGGCGCCCAGGCCGCGGCGGGCACAGGCGUGGACUUCACCGUCUCGUCGGCCCCUGGCCGUGAGCACGUCCACUGCAACCACCCCUUCCUAUUCUUCAUCAGGCACCAAGAAUCCGACAGCGUCCUCUUCUUCGGAAGAUAUUCUUCUCCUUGA